CCGAGUUGUAUUAAUUUAUGCGAUACAACUGUCUAAAUAUGUGUGUCGAAGAAAUAUUAUAAAAAACAUUUUUACUUCAAUACCAAAACAAUUUGAAUGACACUAAAUUCUCUUCCUUUUCAAGUUGAAAUUUAAAAGAUGGCAAAAAAAAAAUCUACUAUGACUUGGAUUUUUACGUUUAUUCUAUAUUUUACAAGAAAGACAAAUGCAAUAUCAAAUGAUAUUAUUGAAUGUACUGCACAAAUUUCAGCUACAAACGGAAUGAUAAUGAAACUAAAUGAUGAAGAGAUAUGUAAUUUGCUAUCUCCGCACAUACAGAAAUUGUCAUACGAAGAAUUAGAAAAUACUUUUUUGCUUCCGGAUUUUUUAAAUGAAGAAUUAUCUGAAUAUGAAAAAUAUAUUUCCAUUAUAAAAGAUAAACAAUUGCUUCUUGAAAAUGGAAUCCGUUCUCAACUAAGGGAUACAGAGUGUUCUGCAAGUAAAGAAACAGAAAAAUAUAAAAAAUCUUUUGCGCUACGAGAUUUUUUGGAUAAAAAUUUAUCUGAAUAUGAAGAACUAGAAAACACUUCUUGGAUUCAGGACAAUUUAGAAAAGACUUCUUGGAUUUUGGAUUUCACACCGACUGUUAUAGAUAUAGAAUACGAACAAAACAACAAUUUUAAAUUAUGUUCAUACGAACAUGCAAGAAAUGUUCGUUAUAGUCAAAUUCUAAUUCCAUCAUUUCAAAAAAUAUAUGCUGACAAAUCAGAUAACAUGAAAAUGUGUUUAAAUGAUGAUGGAUUUUUUUGUAAAAUUGUUGGUUUGGUUGAAAGAAUAAAUAAUGACAAUAUCGUUAAUCAAAAAGUUGAAUGCAUUGAAAAUCAAUGUAUAGUUGAAACAACGGAUAAAGCAAAUAACAUACGUAAAAAUAUUUUCAAAGAAAAAGUAGUCAAUAAACAAAAAAACAUUGUGACAGUACAAAAUCAUAAGGAAAGAUGUGUUUUUUAUUAAUUCAGCUUUUCCAUAAAAUAUAACUAUUGAUUGAAGUAAUAAUUUUUUUUUUUAAUUCACGAGAGAUAAAAUAUUUAACUUGUAUUCAGAAAGUAUAAUCAUAUAUUUUUAAUUCAACUAUUGAUGUAUUGUUCUAUUUCUAAUUUUAAAUUAUAAAAAUGUUUUUAAUGCAUUUCUUUAUGUCAUAUAUAGAUAAUCCAUACAUAUAAAAAUAAAAUAAAUACAUACACAAAUGUGUUU